UUGGACCCACGACGGCCGCCGAGUGCAAAACGCGACGGUCUACCCUCAUCAUGGGUCAUCCAACGAAUAUAUGAGGGGUCAACGUUCUUCGAUGAUUGGUCCUUUGCAACUUACCCAGAUCCAACACAUGGACAAGUCCAAUAUGUAUCACGGCAAUGGGCAACUCAGUCCGGGAUGGUAUAUGUCAACAAUGUGGGGCAGGCGAUCAUGCAAGUUGAUCGAUGGACAACGCUAGCCCCCGGUCAAGCCCGGAACAGUGUCCGUAUUGAAUCGUACGCCGUGUUCAACAAAGGACUAUUUAUUCUAGAUGUAGAGGCUGCACCAUGGGGUUGCGGUGUUUGGCCGGCUUGGUGGACUGUCGGGCCGAAUUGGCCGUGGGGAGGCGAAAUAGAUAUCCUGGAGGGGGUACAUGACAACGUACACAAUGCUAUGACGUUUCACACCCAGCCUGGGUGUAGUUUGCCCACUCCAAAUCCCAAGACUAGUUUGGGCCCAAAUUCUACUGGAUGGAUCGAAUCCACUGAUUGCAAUGCAUUUGCGAAUUCGAACUCCGGGUGUCAAACUGUUGAUACCAGUCAAGCUUCUUAUGGCACUCAAUUCAAUGUCCUAAAAGGAGGGGUUUUCGCUAUGAUGUGGGCAGAUGACGGGAUUCGAAUCUGGUUUUUCCAUCGAGCUGCAAUACCAGAAGACCUUCAAGAGAACGCGCCGCAACCAAACAAUUGGGGAACGCCAGUAGCAUUCCUUCAUAAUACCCUCUGUCCCACGAGUAAAAUCUUCUACGAUCACCAAAUGAUCUUUGAUAUAACUUUCUGCGGAGACUGGGCUGGAACAAGUUACAUAUCCUCGGGGUGUCCUGGUACAUGCUCGCAACGUGUCAUGACGCCAAGUAACUUUGCGAAUGCAAGCUGGACAAUUAACUCCCUCCAAGUUUAUCGCAGUCCACAGAUCAGUGGAGCUUCACUUGCUUUGCCGAGACCUAGGUCUCUAAUGUACUUAAGUGCCGGCCUCAUACUUCUUCUCUUGUAUAUUUAGCUAGACAAAUCAUUAAUUCCUCAUUGAUUCGCCGUUUCAA